CAAGGCAUUCUCAAGGCAAACACUAGCUGGGUAGCUAAGCUAGCAGAUCUGCUAGAUAAGCUUAUAGCUAUGAUAUAACCCCAGUUUAGCCUCUUCGCCGGGUUGAAUAUAAGUACAAGAGAGUUUAUUAGAACCCUCCACUCCAGGAUAUCACCUCUGGCUUUCAGUCUGCUCCCUCCGUGGCCUAAAUUACAGGCAGAAACAUCAAUUUUUCCUUUGGACCAGCUCAGUCUACAGGCUAGCUAACUUAGAUACGUUAACGUUAGCGCCACAGCCACCAUGGCUGAAUUUGGGUUUAAUGAACACCAUCAGAAUGAAGUCAUCAAUUACAUGCGAUUUGCACGUUCAAAAAGGGUCCUGAGGCUCAAGACUAUUGACUCAUGCUUUGAGGAGCUCAAAGAUAGCAGGCUGGUAGAGGAAACAUUCACAGUGGACGAGGUGAGGGAGAUGCUGGACGGGCUACAGGCGGUGGUGCGUGGGGAGGUGGAGAUGGAGCUCAUCAACACAGCCCACACCAAUGUCCUGCUGCUCAGACAGCUCUUCUCCCAGGCUGAGAAGUUUUACCUACGACUGCAGAGUGAUAUCUCAGAGCUGGAAAACAGGGAGCUGUUAGAGCAAGUGGCUGAAUUUGAGAAGACUGACUUUAAAAGCACCGAUAAGAUAAACCAAGAAUCAAGCAAACCCAAGUUGGCACCGCUGAAUGAAGGAGGGGUGUCUGAACUCCUUAACAAGGAGAUAGCAAGACUACAGGAGGAAAACGACAAACUGAAAGGCAGACUCCGGACUAUAGAGUCCCAGGCUAUGAGUGCACUAGAUGAGAAAACCAAGGCAGAAAGAGCUCUGAAAGAUCUUAAAAAGGUGCAAGGUGAACAGCAGCUGGCUGCUCAAUCCCAGGAGAUCAGCAGUCUGGAGGACACAGUCGCUGCUCUGAAAGAGGACUAUGAAAGGUCUCUCAGUGCCAAUGCUGCAUCCCAGAAGGAUUUGCAGGAGAACUUGAUCUCUGCCAAACAUGAGCUUCUGCGAGUGCAGGAGCAGUUGGCCUUGGCAGAGAAGGAGUUGGAAAAGAAGUUCCAGCAGACUGCAGCCUACCGCAACAUGAAAGAGAUCCUAACUAAGAAGAAUGAGCAGAUCAAAGAAAUUAGAAAACGAUUGCAAAGAUAUGAGCCCAAUGAAUGAGUUCUGCGUAAAACAGCUGGGUUAACAGAUGUCCACCGGGUAAGACGAGACCAAAAUUUAUGACUGUGGUUUGAACAGGAAUUCGUCGGUUUCACUGCUGUGAGACAACAGAGACAGAAAAAAGCACUUCCACGAGGAAUUGUUUAUUCAUGCUUUAUCUGGCAUCUUCAGUAGUUAUUGACUUUAGUAAAGAGCAGGAGCGAGGAGGUUGGCAACACACACAACUGAACACACAAAUGAAAUAGUGACCGCUGUGCUUUUUUUCUACGUCUCAAUUUGGAGCUCACUUACAGUAGCUAGCAGACUUCCCUCAGUGCUCUAUGCAAUUACUAACACGUCCCUGUUUGAAGAGGCCUUGUCCGUUUGCUGAACUGGGCAAAUAUGUACUGUCUGCCUGAUGCUUUGCAGUCUUAUUUAUCAGAUGGUUACAGGUAAUAUUUAGCCUUCUAACACCAGGUUAGAAGGCUUACUGAUGUUUUGCUGAUUGGUCUUAAUUUUAUCUGCCCCUUUUGUUGUCAAAAUCCAGUCAUUAUUGAGUUGGCUCCAAGCUGUUUUCUUUAUUAAUAGUGAACUUGACUUUUGCUUUAAUUUCUUACCUAAGCAUUUAAUAGUAUUUCAAAUGAUGAUAUUUUCACAAAUCUAGCACUGUAUGAAAGCCAGAUGAUUGGAAAUAUUGCAAAUUUAUUACGUUUUUUUUCUGCUCUUGCAUAUUGAAUGACAUGGAUAGUGAUGUAGAAUGAUUUCCCUAUUUCCCUACACAAAGGGCAUAGAAUAUUUUUGUGUGGAAUCUUUAACUGUGUACUUUUCGUAUUGCUGUGGGUGAUGGAGUGUAAGAGAAAAAGAAAAUCAAUAUAUACAUGAUGUUCAUGAAGUAAUGCUCUUGUAGAGUAUGAUACAUCUACCCUAUAUUAAAUUAGAUGUGCAUUUGUUUGUAUUGUGCAAAGUAUGGGGUAAUAAAAGCUGUUACCAAACAUA